UCGUGACUCGUGACUGUUGUGCUCGAUCAUGAUACUAUAUAAUCAGUGAAAGGGCUUUUCGGCUCUGGCGUGUUCACUGCAGGACUGAAGGGUAACUGGACUUGUUGAUGUUGAGUUGGCGUUUUGGAUGAAGAGCCGAGGAUAGUCCAGACGUUAUAAUAAACAAGUGUUUGUUUUGAUUCAGGAUUUAAACUCGAGUGCCAUGACUGUACGCAGAGUGAAUGUGGUUAUUCUUGUGCUCCUUGUCAUCGCCUUUUUAAUUAUUUUGCAUCGAAAUCUGCUCAAUCUCAAUGAUUUCCUGAAGCAAGUGAAUCCAGACACAGUGCCUGGGAUGGCCCUGCCCUUUGAGACUGACUUCCUGUCGGAUCAUAAGGUCAUCAGAACAGGAGAUGAGAUCCCAGUGCUCAUCACCGCUCCAGAGGACAGGCUGGGAGCAGCUGUCACCGCCAUGAACAGCAUCUACCGCAACAGCAAAGCUAAUGUAGUAUUCAACAUAGUGACUCUAAAUGAGUCUGUGAUCCAUCUCAGAACAUGGUUGAGUAAGACUGACUUGAAACAUAAAAUUAUCAUUUUUGAUCCGAAGAUUCUGGCGGGGAAAAUUUCUAAUGAUCCUCAGAAGGUGGAGGCAGUGAAGCCGUUGACUUUCGCCAGAUUCUACAUGCCAGUUUUCUUGCCGGAUGCAGAGAAAGCAAUUUACCUAGAUGAUGAUGUAAUUGUACAAGGGGACAUUCGUGAGCUUUUUGACACCAGUCUUAAGUUUGGACAUGCAGCAGCUUUCUCAGAGGACUGUGACUCCGCCUCCUCUAAAGGCAUGUUCAGAGGAGCCGGAAAUCAGAACAGCUAUAUUGGUUUUCUGGACUUCAAAAAAGAGGCGAUCAAGAAGCUUGGAAUGAGAGCAAACACUUGCUCGUUCAAUCCUGGAGUCUUUGUGGCCAAUUUAACCGAGUGGAAGCAGCAGAAUAUCACCAGCCAGCUUGAGUUCUGGAUGGAGUACAAUGUCAAAGAGGACCUUUACAGUAGGACUUUAGCAGACAGCAUCACGACGCCACCUAUGCUCAUUGUAUUCUACAAGCAGCACUCGAACAUCGAUCCCAUGUGGCACGUCCGACAUCUCGGGGCAACAGGAGCGGGGAAACGGUAUUCACCUCAGUUUGUGAAUGCUGCUAAACUUCUCCAUUGGAACGGACAUUAUAAACCGUGGGGAAGAACCUCGUCUUUUCCUGACAUUUGGGACAAAUGGUACAUUCCAGAUCCCACAGGUAAAUUCCACCCAAUCCGGAGACAUGCUGAGGAAAAAUAGACUGUGGCUUGGACUACAUUUAAAAACAAACAAACAAAAAAAACAAAUACACAAGUGCUUUGUGGAGGGACAUUGGAACGUUUGACUUUGUUCAGGGGACGUCUGGAAGCAAAAUAUGGGGCUUUCUUUCUAGGCCUUUAAGAAACCUAGAAGUACCUAAGUUACUGGGACCAUCAGCAAAGAAGCAACAUUCAACACCAAUCAAUGCACUACCUCAGCAUUUAUUGUCUAAUUAUAAAGUAAUAACACUAAAACAUUUGUUACAGCUUUUAAAUUUUCAUUUUGUAUACUACAUCCAUGCAAGUUUUUUAAAUCUGUAAUAAUCCUGAAUAUUUUGGGGUGGAAUUGUGGACCCACCUCUUUUUUUGUGCAAAAUGUUUCAGGGCUUAAACACAAACCUGUGACAAUUAACAUUUCAGAAUUUGUAAGGAGAAUUUCUUUCUUUGACACUACAGGAACCACUUUUGCUUUCAGUGGAUGUUUUUUCCCCCCACAUGUCAGCUGUUACUGUUGAAGGGGAAUAUAUGCUAAUUUGUACAGAAAGGAAAACAUGCUCAAAGUAUUGAAUAAAGCUCAGUAAGUUUUGUAUGCAA